CCCCGCGCGCUUGUGCAGAUCUCGCCGAAACGAUGAAGCGGUUCUUCGGCACAAGCUCCAAGGCUCCAGCCAAGCCGGCUCCGAGCUUGGCUGAGGCUUCAGGCCAUAUCGAUGGCCGCGUGACUCACAUCGAGGCGCAGAUCAAGAAGUGUGACGACGAGCUGGCUCGCUACAAGCAGCAGCUGGCGAGUGUGAGAGGGCCUGCACAGGCGGGCAUCAAACAGCAGGCGCUGACCGUCCUGAAGCGGAAGAAGAUGUACGAGCAGCAAAGGGAUCAGCUCCAGGGCACUCAGGUAGGUGGUACAGCACACGUGAGCCGUUAGUCCAUCCCUCUACAUGUGUGUCCGCGUGUGUGUAUGUCUGUGUGUGUGUGUGUGUGUGUGUCAGUUCAACGUGGAUCAGGCGGCGUUUGCGACGGAGCAGCUGGAGACCACAGCCAUGACAGUGGACGCGAUGAAGGCGGCCAACGUGAACCUGAAGCAGCAGUUCAAGAAGAUGGACAUCGACGAGAUCGAGCGGGUGCAGGAGGACAUGGCUGACCUCAUGCUCGACCAAGAGGUAGUGCACAGACAGCAUCGGUGCGAUGUGGGUUUCGGUCAUUCAGCUCUUGUUGAUGCGAUCGGUGUGGUGUGCACUACAGGAGAUCAACGACAUCCUCAGUCGGAACUAUGCGCUGCCACAGGACAUCGACGAGGGCGAGUUGGAAGCAGAGUUCGCCGCCCUCCAGGUAACCACACACACAGAUAUGACCAUCUCCUCACACACACAAGUGUGUCCUGGCUCGUUGGUUGGUGUGCAGGACGACGUUGCUUUGGAUGACGCCACAGCAGCGGCGGACAGCGUGCCGUCGUACCUCCCCGCCAACCUGCCCGGCGUGCCCUCCAACCCUAUCGGCGAACACGCCACCCCAGAGCAGCAGGUGGGGCUGCAGCAAAACGCCUGACAUGACGACCGACUGGCUGGGAGAGGGCUCCUUUGGUCAAGCCGUG